AUGUCGCUCCCCACCGUUGAGCUCGUCGUCGGCCGUCUCAGGGACGGCGUGACCACCGCCCACCCCUCCUUCAAGAAGCUCCGAGACGCGUGCGUGAUCGGCGGGCUCCCCAAGCAGUCAAUGGCAUACGGCGUCGCCGUUGAGGACGCCCGGAUGUUCUACGGGAUCGUCCACUACGAGACGUUCGAGCCGAAGGACUUCCUCCCCAAGUGGCCCUCCGAUUUCUGCGACUACUCCAAGGAGAUCAAGGAGGUCAUGCACGAGGAGCCUGUCUGCUACUACAUGCCCCGCGACUCGUACGCUGACCUCUUCUCCACGACGACCACGGCGGCACCCAUUACCGAGAUCGUCCUCAUCGACCUGAAGGACAAAACACAAGUGGAGGAGUACAAGAAGGUACAACAGGCCAUCGUCGACGCGCAGAACAGAGAGCCCACCGCGCACGCGCCGUGGUUCUCCGUGAUCAAGAGCGACAAGGGCGUGUGGACCGGCCUCGUCUUCAUCGGCUGGGACUCCAAGCAGGCGCACGAGGCGUGGGCGGCGAAGAACGCCGCGCUGGUGCAGCCCUUGAGAGAGAUCGCCGUGAACGCGACGCUCGUGCACGUCGCACUGACGAACCACGCGUGA